ACUCUUCAUUUUGAAGACUCAACGGUUAUAGUUUGAGACCGUCACUAUAGUCAUUGCUUAGCUAUUGUACUGGACAAUUUCCGGCAGUGUGAUUACGGCUGUUCGAUUGUCGGCAUUUCAUCGAGCUUCUAAGACGGAUGUUCACCUCACGACAUCACUGUCUGCGGAUUCCACCGCUACCCCGAUCAAAUUCAAAGCUGUAGCGACUACGUCCCAGUGGUUUGGUCUAGAGUUCUAGACACUCCGGCUUCCUCAGCAACGAACAGCGAGAUCUAUUGACUCCAGCUCCCAUUAAUUCUUUGUUCAAACUAGAGACAUAAAGACAUGCUAGGGUUUUCAUACAGAGAGUUGUUUUUAUUGCUUGGAGCUACUGCGGCUUUAAUUGGACCGAAGGACCUUCCAGUCAUAGCAAGAACUGCUGGGAGGUUAUCUGGCCGUGCUAUUGGCUAUGUUCAAAUGGCCCGUGGUCAAUUUGAGAGUGUCAUGCAGCAAACUCAAGCUCGACAGGUCCACAAAGAGCUACAAGAUACAAUUGCUCAAUUAGAAGCCAUACGACAUGAAAUCCGAACCAUUUCUUUUGUGAAUCCGGGUCCAUUAACCACAAGGCUAGUUGAUAACAUAAAAAACCACCCACCCACUGCUGGUGCUGGUACAUCGAUGGAAAAUGGACCUGAAAAGUCUGAAAGUAAGGGCACAACUAUCAGUAAUACACCCAAGGAUUGUAACUUUAAGCCCUCAACCUCUUCUGAUAUGAACAGUCAAGCAACAGCAUAUGCAAAACUUGCUGAAAUCACAUUAUCAAAACCCAAGUAUGAAAACUGCGAAGCUCUGAAUGAGGUUCCUGAUAAAUCUGGUAAUCUUGUGCUUCCAGUCACUGCUAAAAGUGCAGGUCUAUUGCCUGAUCAUACAGCUGAAGCAAAGGGAUCUGACAUUGUGCUAGAAGCUAUUAUAGAGGCAGAUGUGGCACAAAAUGCAAAGAAGUUUUUCUCACAGCCCCAAAAUCUAAUGAAAUGAAAUAGAGGUUGUAGACUUUCAGAAGUGAAUAGAUUCAGUAUGAGUUUUCCACCCCAUUAAUUCCAUGACUUGGAACUUGGAAGUAAUCUCAUGAAGGAAGAUAAUGGAGAACAUGCACCAGACUAUAAUAGGACCGAAGGACCUUCCAGUCAUAGCAAGAACUGCUGGGAGGUUAUCUGGCCGUGCUAUUGGCUAUGUUCAAAUGGCCCGUGGUCAAUUUGAGAGUGUCAUGCAGCAAACUCAAGCUCGACGGGUUUCUUUUUAUCUUCCUUCACCUAUUUCUGUCCACAAAGAGCUACAAGAUACAAUUGCUCAAUUAGAAGCCAUACGACAUGAAAUCCGAACCAUUUCUUUUGUGAAUCCGGGUCCAUUAACCACAAGGCUAGUUGAUAACAUAAAAAACCACCCACCCACUGCUGGUGCUGGUACAUCGAUGGAAAAUGGACCUGAAAAGUCUGAAAGUAAGGGCACAACUAUCAGUAAUACACCCAAGGAUUGUAACUUUAAGCCCUCAACCUCUUCUGAUAUGAACAGUCAAGCAACAGCAUAUGCAAAACUUGCUGAAAUCACAUUAUCGAGACCCAAGUAUGAAAACUGCGAAGCUCUGAAUGAGGUUCCUGAUAAAUCUGGUAAUCUUGUGCUUCCAGUCACUGCUAAAAGUGCAGGUCUAUUGCCUGAUCAUACAGCUGAAGCAAAGGGAUCUGACAUUGUGCUAGAAGCUAUUAUAGAGGCAGAUGUGGCACAAAAUGCAAAGAAGUUUUUCUCACAGCCCCAAAAUCUAAUGAAAUGAAAUAGAGGUUGUAGACUUUCAGAAGUGAAUAGAUUCAGUAUAAGUUUUCCACCCCAUUAAUUCCAUGACUUGGAACUUGGAAGUAAUCUCAUGAAGGAAGAUAAUGGAGAACAUGCACCAGACUAUAAUAGGACCGAAGGACCUUCCAGUCAUAGCAAGAACUGCUGGGAGGUUAUCUGGCCGUGCUAUUGGCUAUGUUCAAAUGGCCCGUGGUCAAUUUGAGAGUGUCAUGCAGCAAACUCAAGCUCGACGGGUUUCUUUUUAUCUUCCUUCACCUAUUUCUGUCCACAAAGAGCUACAAGAUACAAUUGCUCAAUUAGAAGCCAUACGACAUGAAAUCCGAACCAUUUCUUUUGUGAAUCCGGGUCCAUUAACCACAAGGCUAGUUGAUAACAUAAAAAACCACCCAGCCACUGCUGGUGCUGGUACAUCGAUGGAAAAUGGACCUGAAAAGUCUGAAAGUAAGGGCACAACUAUCAGUAAUACACCCAAGGAUUGUAACUUUAAGCCCUCAACCCCUUCUGAUAUGAACAGUCAAGCAACAGCAUAUGCAAAACUUGCUGAAAUCACAUUAUCAAAACCCAAGUAUGAAAACUGCGAAGCUCUGAAUGAGGUUCCUGAUAAAUCUGGUAAUCUUGUGCUUCCAGUCACUGCUAAAAGUGCAGGUCUAUUGCCUGAUCAUACAGAUACUUGAGGCUAUGAUGAUGAAAUUCCCCCUUUUCUGACCCAGUUCAACGAACAUGGAUCUUUAAAUCUGAGCCUUGAACAACGAACAUGGAUCUGACAGGUUGUUAGAGGUGUGGGCCAUUCGGCCUAUGAACUAAAAUGGUUGGCUGUCAUUCGACUCCAAAAUGAAAUUAGAAGCUGCAAAACAUUCUGAGAUGUGUAUAUCUGCUAUUAGUGCACUUCAUAAACGUGGUGAUCCACUUCUGAGGACAUCAAGAGGGGGCUAUGUGGCAUAAAAAAAGUUGCCAACAUUCAAGACUGAGGCAUAAAUCAGGUUGUAGACUUUCAGAAGUGAAUAGAUUCAGUAUUAGUUUUCCACCCCAUUAAUUCCAUGACUUGGAACUUGGAAGUAAUCUCAUGAAGGAAGAUAAUGGAGAACAUGCACCAGACAUUUAUUUAUAGGUACCAUAAAAUACCCAUAAUUAGCUCAAAGAGUACUCAAAGAAGGAAAAGUUUCAGGGAAUGCUAGCGGAAAAGAAAAGUUCUAAUGACAGUUUAUUUCUUAUGUUUGAUUUCACAUAUGUUUGUAUUAGAUCUUAUAUAUGUUUGGGUUUCUUUGUUUUUACAUUAUACGAAUAAAUGGUUUAAAUGGUUUUUCUCAAAUAUCCCUAACAAAUCUAUCAAAUUUUAGACAAUGUUUUUUGUUCCUCUAAGUUUCACCCUAUUUUUGAUUUCCCUAACAAUGCAACUCAUUUCCCCCCAGCAUUGGGCACCACCCGUCACGCAACGCGCGUGCCAAGCCAG